CCUCCUGUUUCCUGUCGGAAGGAAUUGAAUGUAGCGCAUGCGCUUUGCUGAUGUGGAAGUGCUGUACAGUGAUAAACAAGCGAACAAAUCAGAGAAAACGUAUACUGUUAGACUGUACUUCACAUAAUGGCAGUGAGCGCGGUACAUUUAGAGUCAGACGCAUUUCUAGUCUGUAUGAAUCACGCUCUGAGCACGGAGAAAGAGGAAGUAAUGGGGCUCUGCAUCGGCGAGGUGGACACAGACCGCAUCGUGCACAUUCAUUCUGUCAUAAUCCUGCGUCGAUCAGACAAGAGGAAAGACAGAGUGGAGAUUUCACCAGAGCAGCUGUCAGCAGCGUCCACCGAAGCGGAGAGGUUGGCUGAGAUGACAGGACGUCCCAUGAGGGUUGUGGGCUGGUACCACUCUCAUCCACACAUCACUGUGUGGCCAUCACAUGUUGAUGUUAGGACUCAAGCAAUGUAUCAGAUGAUGGAUCAGGGUUUUGUUGGACUCAUCUUCUCAUGCUUUAUAGAAGAUAAAAACACAAAGACUGGUAGAGUCCUGUACACCUGUUUCCAGUCAGUACAAGCCCAGAAAGGCUCAGAGUAUGAGCGGAUUGAGAUCCCCAUCCAUGUAGUCCCACAUGAAGCCAUCGGGAAAGUGUGUCUGGAGUCUGCCGUGGAGCUGCCCAGAAUCCUCUGUCAAGAAGAACAGGAUACAUACAGAAGGAUUCACAGUUUAACUCAUCUGGAUCCAAUCACAAAGAUACAUAAUGGAUCAGUGUUCACUAAAAACCUGUGCAGUCAGAUGUCGGCCAUUAGCGGCCCGCUGCUGCAGUGGCUGGAAGAUCGACUGGAACAGAACAAACAAAGUAUCAUCAAACUCCAGAAAGAGAAAGAGCAACUGACACAAGAACUGGCUUCAUUAUAAGGAGGUCUACUUAUUAUUUUGAUGAUUUCUUAAGUUUUUGCACUGAGAGCACUGUUUUUUUUCUGUCCUACUGCCACAUUUUGAUCAGGAAUCACUGGGAGGGCAAAGACAGGAUGUCUGCAGUUUAACAUUUUGUCACCUCAGCACAUUUGUAAUGCUGCGUCUUAGUGCUUAUAUAUAUAUGUAUGGGUAUUACAUGAUGGUAUCUUUGUAGUAGUAUUAUGUAUACACUGAAUAUUCUUUAAAAGGUUGUUGGUUGUUUUUUUUUUUCCUAACGGAUUUGAUUUUGAUGGUUCUGUAAACGUGACAGUGACAGACAUUUUACUGAUGCUAUUUUUUUAUAAGCUGUAAAUCUCUGAAUGUACAUACAUGACAGUGUGAAAUAAAAGGGAGACAUAAUGAUUACAGAAUAUUUCAUUUCUCACUUUUCUAAAUUCAGUUUGGAAUCUGUGUUUAGAAAUCAAAGCUCUAACAUCUUAAACUCUGUAACGUGUUGCAUGGGCCACACUUGCAAACAGCUAUAUUCCUUUUUGUCAUUUACAUGCAGAUUUCCACUCUAGACUUGUUUCUGUGAAUGUCAGGUAGCUCCCUGGUUGAACAGUCUGGCGCUUAGACUAUAAGUAGAAAAGGUGUCAUAAAGUUGAGCUUUUCCAGAUUAAAUACAAAUAUGAAUAUUUUAGCUGGUAGUUUGGAAAAACUGAAACUGGGUUGAGGGUUGUUUUAACUGUAGUCUUGUCCAGCAUUCUUGUAUUUAGAAGAUUUUUUAAGUUAAGCCACACUGGUGCUGACUAAUCUUGCCUUACUGUAUUAAUGUAAAACUAAUUGCAUAGCAUCACUAUAUGUGACAAUAAAAUAUGAAUCCAACUGAAAA